GCUCACUAAAAAAGCAGAAAAAUGACAACAACGACGCGUCCAUAGGUAUGAUUUACAUCUCGCGACUUUUCCAUGAACCGUUUAAUAUGGAUUACAAGAACAUAUCUGACAUCAACAACCAUUUACGGAUUACAAGAACAUAUCUGACAAGAACAGCUUCUACAUUUAUUUACAAAAGAACAAGAAGAAGAAGAAAUUAUCGCAACAAGUAAAACAACUUCCACUUCCACAAUCAUCCGCACAUCUUCAAGCAACUAGGUGGAAGUACACGAUUUAUUCAACAUCAAGAUCAAAAAAAUGAAGACAUCUACUGCGAAGAAAUCCGGCACUCGUAGGUGGAAGAGCGAGGACGACGAGAAGGCGUCUUCCGAUUCUGGGAGUGCCGAGAGGUCUGAUGCUUCGGCAUCGACUACGAAAAGAGCUGAAAGUGAUCGCAACACUUCUAGGAGAAGAAACGAGUCAAAAAUGUCACAAGGAGCAAGAAAAAAACCUUUGACAUCAACAAAAUUAUGUGAAAGUGCCUUGGAUUUAUUGCACCGCAAACAUAUUCUGCAAGUAGAACGCUGGGACGCAGAAGUUGGUGAACAACAUAGCAUAGGCCGAGACGAGAGCAGGAUUUUUUAUGCUCGUAGUAGUUGAACAUAAGAUGAUGAAUGCUCUUACUAGAAGUAACUUGCUUACAGUAACAGUACUCCUUAUUUGCCUGGUUGAGCAUGAUGAGCUAGCACAUGACUCGGAGUCAUACUAUUCACAUGGUCAUACUCACAUGUUGGACAACAUGGUCUGAAUCACACUCAACUGCUGGCCACCUUCACUGCCACUCAAAAUCUAAUAACACGGGAAUGCUGGUGCGAGGGCGUCGACACCUCUACUGCCGAUUCGAAAGAAGCUGAUCAAAGCACUCCUUGAGACCGGACCAGUCCAGGAAGAAGCGAAGAUCUUGAACGCCAUGCGCGAAAUCGACCUGCUCAAGGCCAGAGAUGCAGAAAAAAGGGAAAAGGAGAGACAAGAUGUACGAACAAGGCAGGCCUCCUAUCACUAUCUGACCACACAACUACUGGCUGUAAUGAUCCACUUACUGUCAGACUUACAACUUUCAACAAAGUCAAACACUUUCUCUUAGUACUUGGAGUUGGAACAAACAACGUUAAGUAGGUUCACUACUUAGGUAAUCAUAGCUCCUCGUCAACAGUUUGUCACCACAGCAAAAAAUUUCGUCCUCGCUUCUAGAUUCAAUAGAACUACGAGCACUAGAUUCAAUACGAGCACGGAGCAUCAAGCCUCUAAGUCACAAGAUGGAGCGACAAGUCGAGCUACCACUCUCAGCGGCGCACUUUCAACAUUAUGACCAUUGUUAUCGACAUCGACGAACAAAAGACGGACACGAGCUAAUCUUGCUGGAUAUCUUUGAAAUGCAAGAACGAGCUGGGUGGACCGAAAUUCACUGUCUUCUCUGUGGUAAACACGCAACAACAGAGCACUGUAAUGGCGGUAUACACAAGAAAGCAGUGCGGUGGAAUCAUUAUGGCGAGUAUAGGCAGCUGUCGUAAUCUCUUCAUCUACUUCUGGAUGUGAAAUCGUAUAUAUGAACGCUGCAGGCCUACAUUUUUCUAGAAAAUGAUGAGGAGAGCUUCUAACAAAAAGAAAAGACGCUAAGGGAAGAGGACGAAAGACAAGAGCAGGCGCAGGCAGGAGCCAAGGCUAACGGUUGGCGUGGCACCGGAAAUCAAUGGAGCGAUUGGACCGACCUCGAGUGGAAGGGAAAGGGAUGGGGCAAGCCGUGGUAUGGAAAUGACAAUCGCGGUCGCGACCGACAACGACACCCAAACAGAAGGGGAGCUUCAAGGGGAGCAUCAGCGUGGAGUAACUACAAGUUAUGGAUGCAGCUUAGCGUCAAGCUGUUCCGCAUUUGUUCUUGGAGAUUGGACUGAUCGCCACAUAUUAACAUGAGGCAAGAUCAGAGAUUGGAAGUAGUACGAGUACAACUAUGCUAGAAGAGGAGGAGGUGGAUAGAUUAUAUAUAUCAUGUUGAAGAACAUCGAUAUAGCCGGAGGUUACUUUCCUACGACCACUUAAUCCCUACUACAACUAGUACCAAGAAAGGUAUCUACUAAGAAGUGGUGUAUCAUGUUGAGUAAAUCUUGUACUUCAUCGAGGGGCCCAAAGAACUAUGGCGAACAAGGGACUCAGAGGCAGCGUCCGAAAACUGGGUAUCAUGACGAUAUGCGAGAAAGGGUCCGCGCAUAUCUACGAAGGUGCUCAAGUCCCAGCAACGUGUUCCAAAAAAGGCCGCCGAUCGCCAAAUGCCCUCACGAUGUGAUACCACCUAUAAUUACGGCCCGCGCUAGACUGUAGUAGACUAAGUACUUGAGAUGUUUUGGUUACUAGAGAUAGUUACCUAGUUGUAACUAGAGAUACCUCUUCUAACUCCAUCUCGAAGAAAACGAAUGGCGAUUGCGUUUACAUGGCAGGCAACAUGAUGAAACUGAAUGGACGUCUUCCACACGAAUACGAAGAGGGACGCAAAAUCAGACGCUUAAGGAUGCAUGUUCUUGUAGAAGAUGAUGCACAAUUCACAAACAAGUUCAAGGUGUUCUUCAAUCUUGUUAUCAGCAGCGAAUUCGGAGCACCGAGGUGAAUGGCCAAAAGCGACGAUGGCAGGCGGCCGCAACUACUACUAUUCAUACAUCUGGGGAACAACUUUUAACUACUGGUCUUCAAUCUUGUUAUUUUAAGCAAAUAGAGAAGUUGGAGGUUCGUCAAUCUUUUUCAUCAAUCUUGAGGGACUUGCGCGAUGAUGAAGCUCAACGCGUCCCUCUACUUUGCUAGUUGAAAUGUAUGCACUUUUACUAUUUAUAGUUUCCAGCUUCUAAAGAUGGAAUGGGAGCUAUCACAGCAGCCGCGCUUCAUGACACCGAGUGAGGGACGCGAGGCCUACCGCAAGGAGCGGGCUGCUGAGCUCGGGAUUGACCUUGAUGACAUAUUGCUGACUGGACGAGGUGAAGGUGACAAGAAUAUUACUGGUGACAAUAGUGACAAUUAUAGCGAAGAUAAUGACUCGUCUCCACCAGUUUCACUUGUGCGAAAAAAGUUACAGCCUGUGCCUAAAGACGGAGAAGUCUUCAAGAGCAGCUUGUUCCUUCGUCCAAAUCCAAGAACGGUUCCGGCUGGUGGUGUUGCAGAAGAAGAUAUAGGACAAGAACAAGUGCCAGAUACUUCUAGUGAAGGUAGUAGAGAAGCCGAUAUAGACAUCCUCGACGAUCAUGAGGCAGAAACGGAAAACGCGAAAGCGUUGAAAGCGGACAAGGUUCAAGGUGCAGCUCGAAGUGUAGCGUGUGUCCUUCGCAAGAGUUUUCGAGGCAGCGUGGAGGCCGUAGAGGAGGCCCCGCGCCAUGGAGAUGAACUACAAUCGCCGGUAAUGGUUGCAGGUCGCGUCUUGCCGAAUGGUGAAGAAGAUCUGCAAGUGGAAGACGAGAGUGCUUUCAUGGUUGAAGAAGAUACCUCUAGACCACUCGAGCAGCAGCAAGAAAACCCCAAAGUAGAGCGCCUCACCCGAUGACGUUGAAGAAGAAAUCGCGGAGAGCAUGGAAAAAUCGCGCUGUCCAGUGAUUGGACUGGAGAUGGAAUGCUGAUAAGAUAGCAAGCGAAGAUAUGAAACACUCUCCCGCCUAGUUGUGUUUUCACUUUGUUGCGUAAAGCCUAUUAUUGAAAUCAGGCGCAACACCAUCCGUCGGUGGCAAUUCAUACAGAGAAGAGUGAAACAGCCAACAUAAAAAUGAUGAAAAGAUUUUUUUACAACAUCGAACGAUUUUUUGAAAUCUUAUAUCAAAAGUUCACGCACACGCACUUCCAGCGAUACACUAC